CCUGAACCUCGAGCCUGCGGAGACAGGAGUGGGUGACCAGUUGUCUGUGAGCACUCAGCAGGACAGUGCCGAAGGGGGAAGGGAGUAAGGAUCGCCCCCUCCCAGCCCGGCUCUCAGCACCUCCCCUUGCCCAUGGCACCGCCUCCAGAAAGCCCUCCCAGAAUGCCUGGACCACCAGUCACAGCCUCCUGGCCUGGCAUUGGGGCUUUUGAGGCGGUGCCUCAGAGGUGGUGGCAGGCAGUUGGGUGCUGCAGACAGGAAGAGAGCCGAGAGAGGGGGCCCUGCCUUUCCCUUGUCGCUGGGUCUGUGGUGGGCACGGCGGCGGCAAGCAUGGCCCCAGAGUUCCCACUGCUCUUUGAGCUCCUUACACUGGCCUGCACCCUGCUCAGGGCCCUGGCCACCCAAGAGGUGCGGCAGUACCCCCCCUACGCGAUUGCCCCCGAGGGGGGCUCCGUCGACAUCACCUGCUCCACCAGUGGGUCCCUGUUCGGGGUCUACCUGAAGCAGAGGUGGCCGAGGCCUAGCAGUGUGAUUUACUACGAAGACGAGAAGGAGCCCACGGUGGAUGAGCAGUUCCGGGGACGCGUUGUCUUCUCGGGGCAGCAGCACAACCUGACGGUCACCGUGCACCGCCUGCAGCCGGCCGACACGGGGGCUUAUGCUUGCCAGGCGGUCAUGAAGGACGAGGUCUGGGGCCCCGGCACCUUGGUCGUGGUGACAGUGCCGCUCUCCACUCCUUCCUCAGACAAGCCGCCCGAGGCAGCGGACACGAGCCGGGAGGCCCCGCUGAUACACUUUUCCUUCCCUGUGGCCCUGGCGAUGGGCUGCUUCUUCAUCGGGCUGGCGCUGGGGGCGACGUGUGUGCUGAGGAGGACACAGAUCAAGAAACUCUGCCGCCUGAAGGAUAAGAACCCGGCGUGCGUGGUGUACGAGGACAUGUCCUAUGGCAACCGGAACACGGUGUCCAUCCCCAACGUGUACCAGUGAGCCCCGCGGGCCCCCCAGGCUGCCUAGGUGCAGCUCGCGGAGGUCCGCCUGACCCGGAGAGGUCGCUCGGGCAGAUCCCUGCGGCCGUCGGGCUCCCGGCACCUCCUCCAGGAGGCCUUCCUUGCUUACUUCCUGCCUUGCGGGCUGCCCUGCUCUGCUGGUUCUGACACCUCGGGGCCACCAGGGAGGAAGCCUCUCUGACCUGCUGCCCUUGCCCUCAAACGGCGAGGGGGAGGGGGGCCCCUCUGCAGGAUGGACUUGGGCCCUGGGCCUGGGAGAGGGGCAAGAGGGAGGGGUCGCCCAGCCCCUGAAAUAAAGCACUUCUUCUCCCCCGUC